AAAUGCUCUCAUAAUCUCUCAGAUCUCACCAAAAGAGCCAACAAACGAAGAGAAAAUAGAAAAGAAAAACCCGAAUAUUUCUUUCUCAUUUUCUAAGUUCUCUCUCUCUUUUCUUCUUUAAAAAAACAAAAAAAAGUCUUCGUGUUUUCUCUCUCUAAAAGCCUCUGCAAAAUCCUUAGAGAGAGAGAGAGAGAGAAAGAGAGACGACGCAAAAAGGAAGCACCUUGAAAUACCGUUGCGAAUAUUCGAUCUCUUACGGCUCUUUGUCGUUCACUGGAAUUUAGGUCGACAAAAAGAGAUUUGGAGGCAAAUAUACUUGUCCUGGGUGGGACAGAGGAUAAAGAAGUUCUAUUUAGAAGAAAGCUGAUUCUUUGAUGACAGUUAUUACUGCUUCACUUGUAAAAGCUCAAAUUCUAGUAUUUCUUACUGGCUGAAUAAGAACUUUCAAAAUUCAGCGACCAGGUUCAGGGGGUGACUUGCCGCAAGUUGGCGAGUACAACCCUUAUCCUGUAGCUCGAAGGGUGAAUUCCACCCAUACAAUGAUGAUCGAUGAGUUAGAGAAUGGUAGUUUGGGGCCUUACCAGGACAGGCCAAGGACCUUUCCCAACAUGCGUAGUAAAGCUUACACCCCGUGGGUAUUUCGAGUACUGAUGGGAAUAAAUGUCCGUGUUCUUUUUGUACUCCUGCUUUUGGCCUUUGCAGCGGUCUUUUAUGUUGGAGCAAGCACUUCUCCGAUUGUUGUGUUUGUCUUAUCAAUUUGUAUUAUCAGCUUUCUUUUCUCAAUAUAUCUUACUAAAUGGGUACUCUCAAAGGAUGAGGGGCCUCCAGAGAUGGUUCAGAUAUCAGAUGCAAUACGUGAUGGAGCUGAAGGCUUCUUCAGGACCCAAUAUGGGACUAUCUCCAAGAUGGCAUUUUUGCUAGCUCUUGUUAUCCUUUGCAUAUAUUUGUUUCGCAGUACAACUCCCCAGCAAGAAUCUUCCAGUCUUGGGAGGUUUACUUCUGCAUAUAUCACUGUUGCUGCAUUUCUUUUGGGAGCUCUAUGCUCAGGUAUUGCAGGGUAUGUUGGAAUGUGGGUGUCUGUUCGUGCAAAUGUCCGGGUCUCUAGUGCAGCAAGACGGUCUGCAAGAGAAGCAUUGCAGAUAGCUGUUCGUGCUGGUGGUUUUUCUGCUAUGGUGGUUGUUGGUAUGGCUGUUAUUGGCAUAGCCAUCUUAUAUGCCACAUUUUAUGUUUGGCUGGAGGUGGAUUCGCCAGGGGCAAUGAAGGUUACUGAUUUGCCACUUCUUCUUGUUGGAUAUGGCUUUGGAGCUUCUUUUGUUGCGCUGUUUGCUCAGUUGGGUGGUGGAAUAUACACAAAAGCAGCCGAUGUUGGAGCAGACCUUGUUGGAAAAGUGGAGCAGGGAAUCCCCGAAGAUGACCCUAGGAAUCCUGCUGUGAUUGCAGACUUGGUUGGAGACAAUGUGGGCGAUUGUGCAGCUCGAGGUGCUGACCUUUUUGAAAGUAUUGCAGCUGAGAUAAUCAGUGCUAUGAUACUUGGGGGAUCAAUGGCUCAACGUUGUAAAAUUGAAGAUCCGUCCGGCUUCAUAUUGUUCCCUCUUGUUGUUCACUCGUUUGAUCUGGUGAUAUCAUCAGUUGGAGUACUGUCAAUUAGGGGUACUCGUGAUUCUGGUGCAAAGGCUUCUGUGGAGGAUCCAAUGGCAAUUCUUCAGAAAGGAUAUUCUGUCACUAUAGUUUUGGCUGUUCUCACAUUUGGCUUGUCUACUCGUUGGUUACUUUACACCGAGCAAGCACCUUCUGCAUGGUUUAACUUUGCCUUGUGUGGGUUAGUUGGUAUCAUCACAGCAUAUGCUUUUGUAUUGAUUACCAAGUACUACACUGACUAUAAGCAUGAGCCUGUACGGACAUUAGCUCUUGCAAGUUCCACAGGUCAUGGGACUAAUAUAAUUGCUGGAGUUAGUCUGGGUUUGGAGUCAACAGCUCUUCCUGUUCUUGUUAUUAGUGUAGCUAUUAUAUCAGCCUACUGGCUGGGGCAGACAUCUGGAUUGGUAGAUGAAACUGGAAAUCCAACUGGUGGGCUUUUUGGCACAGCUGUAGCGACAAUGGGAAUGCUCAGCACUGCUGCCUAUGUUCUCACUAUGGAUAUGUUUGGUCCAAUAGCUGAUAAUGCAGGUGGAAUUGUAGAGAUGAGUCAGCAGCCAGAAAGUGUUCGUGAGAUCACUGAUCUUCUGGAUGCAGUAGGGAACACUACAAAAGCUACCACUAAAGGAUUUGCUAUCGGAUCUGCAGCACUUGCAUCUUUCCUUCUGUUUAGUGCUUAUAUGGAUGAGGUAGCUACAUUUGCUCAUGAGCCUUUUAAGCAGGUUGAUAUUGCUAUUCCAGAAGUUUUUAUUGGUGGGUUAUUGGGCUCUAUGCUUAUUUUUCUAUUUAGUGCAUGGUCCUGUUCAGCAGUUGGGCGAACUGCUCAAGAAGUUGUUAAUGAAGUAAGGAGACAAUUUAUUGAGAGACCUGGUAUAAUGGACUACAAGGAGAAGCCCGAUUAUGGUCGUUGUGUUGCAAUUGUAGCAUCUGCAUCUUUGAAGGAGAUGAUAAAACCUGGUGCUUUGGCUAUUGUUUCACCUCUAGCAGUUGGUUUUUUGUUCCGGAUUUUGGGACACUAUACCGGGCAUCCUCUACUUGGAGCUAAAGUUGUUGCUGCAAUGCUGAUGUUUGCUACAGUGUCUGGUAUUCUUAUGGCUCUUUUCCUGAACACAGCAGGUGGUGCCUGGGAUAAUGCAAAGAAGUACAUUGAGACUGGGGCUCUUGGAGGGAAAGGGAGUGAUUGCCACAAAGCUGCAGUUACCGGAGAUACUGUUGGAGAUCCAUUCAAAGAUACGGCAGGGCCUUCCCUUCACGUUCUCAUCAAAAUGCUUGCAACGAUAACACUUGUUAUGGCUCCUAUCUUUCUGUGAGAGAGUUGUUCAUAUCUGUUGUGGUCUUGCCAGGCAUGCCACAUCGCGCACCCUUUCGUGAAUACUUAGAAGUUUUUGCAAAUACGCAGUUUAGGUUGUUUUCUAAUGUACAUCAUCAAGGGUGCCUGAUUUAUAUAGUCAUAUACCAAAACUUACUUCCUUUUUAGUUUAAAAUCCGAAUAAGAGAAUGUCAAUUGACUGUCUAUUUUAGAGAGAAACAGUGAGCUCAGCUUAUAAUUCUAACCGUCUUCACAUAUAGUUCAUGAACUGUUUUGAGGGCUUUGUACUUUCCAAUAUUGGUAUGUUAAUUCCUCUUACUCCCUUA